GUAUGGGCGUGGUUAGGUAAAGGGAAUCGAGUACUGACAAGAGUGAAUAAAGUUACUAAGAAAACACUUCCGGGUCAGGGUUAUUUUCUAUAGAUUACUUCCUGCUCCCGACUAUGCUGCUUCGUUUUCUCUAAUGCCCUUGCCUCCUGCCACGAUGAAGUCGGUGUUGCUGCGGAGGCUGACGUCCCACGUUCUAUCAUGCAGCAGAGGGUCUUGUUUGCUCUCCGGACGGAUUUCUUGCACCUUGGAGUGUCCUCUGCGUUCCUCAUCAGUUCAGAUCCGUCCUGGACCUGUUGGAGCUACAGUUCCCGCUUUGAUCAGACACUACGACUCAACGACGCAGAAAUAUUCAAUGAUUUACACCCUGCCACACAUUAAGCUCCUUCGAGCGGUGUCGAGACUCAAACUCAUCCAGACUGCCAUCACUGCUGUCAUCUUACCUCCAGUGUAUGUCCUCUAUUUCCAGGGAGCCGCCUCCUUCUUUUUGGUCAGCUACUCCACUGGAAUUGCUGUGUUUGCUGGAGUCAUGCUGUACACUUUCAGCCAUUUCUUCAGGAGGGUUGUGGGGAUGAUGUACCUUGAUCCAUCGCAAACCAUGCUUAAAGUUUCCCACCUCACUUUCUGGGGAAAGCGCCAUGAUAUGUACAUUCCUGUUUCAGAUGUUAUGACCAUUGGAGAUACUGGAGAUUCAGCCAGUGAGACCAUACUCAAGCUUAAGAGGUACAGCAGCCCAGAGACGUUGUAUUUCUCUGUUUAUUUUGGAAAGGUGGUGGAUAGACGGGGCUUUGAGAAAGUUUUUGGAACAUAAUUUCUUUGAAGUUUUCUGUGAAAAAACUGUUGUGCCAGGUAGAAGUUAAUAAAAUAUCCUACAGAAUACA